UCACUAAUUGUGCUCCGAUGGGAGGAGGGGGGGCGGUAGUUCCCUGUCGCUAACUAACCAUCAGCAGAGUGGCGUUCAAACAGUGGACAUGGGACCGUGGAGUCACCGAGAGAGAGGGCGAAUCACCGCGACGAGUCACAUCGACGGAGCGAAGCCAUGUCCCGCUAAGGAUGUUGUACUUUUUCACCUGUGUUUCUGUGCCUGAACUGAGUCGCGGAGCAGAAAAGGAUCGAGUGUCAAUGACCGCUGAAGUUGCCUGGUUCGUGCUCAGGCUGAGGUGCCACACCUUCGUUUAGUCCGACAGCUCCUCCACACAUCUGGCCAAAUGGGGUGCCAAUGCUGCAGGAUGAUCAAAAGCUCAUCACUUCCCACGAGCCCCAGAUGUUCGCAGGCUGAACGUCCAGAUGAAGUGGUUCAGAUGACGAGCUACAUCUACGACCCCUCGGUGGCGGUGGACGUGAGGAAGCCCGACGGCGCCGGCAGCUCGCUCUACCAGCCCCGCCUCCACGCGGCCGGGCCGCCGGGCUGCGACCCGCUCGCCGGCCACGCCAAGCACAAGCACGGCUUCCACAACCUGGGCUACAGCAAGUCCAACGAGAGCACGCUGAAGCUGGAGGCGGACAACAACCACGUCAACCAGAGGCUGCACGCGGCGCUGACGCCCGUCAAGGACUCGGCGCCGGCCCCCGAGGGGCCGUACAUCAUCCGGCCGGAGCCGCGGGAGGUCCAGCAGAGGACGCCGAGCCAGGUGCCGGUGUACCCGAACAUCCAGGAGUACCAGGAGAGCCCGAGGAGCCCCGAUGGCGGGUGGGACAGGUCGCUCGCCGAGUGCAGGAGCGGCAGCGAGAGCCCGUCGGCGGACGAGGGCGUGGGGGGGACGCCCGAGUACCCGUGCGACACGGGGGACGAGGGCAGCGUCCUGUCGGUGGACGUCCACACCAGCACCACCAGCCUGUCCUCGGCCGAGACCCGGGACGGCGCCGGGCUCCCGGGGGCGGAGAGCGGCGUCUCCGUGGCGACCAGCGAGGACGCGGCCGCCGGCAGGGACGCGGAGGAGGCGCGCAGCGUCACCGACUCCAUGGUGGCGGAGGCGCUGGCCGCGCUGGAGGCCGCCACCGCGGGGGAGGACGACGAGUGACAAACGUUUACAGGACGAAGGGACUUGUUUUCAGACGAGGAGGCGUGAGCUCAGCGUGUCCAACACUCCACAGUCGCACCACUGCCCUGUACAGGUAUUAGUCGACGCUACGCUGCUUCCAGCGCCUCUCGGACUCGUCUCCUUAUUUAUAAUGUCCAUUUUUGAAGAAACUGGUGCGACAGAGCAACAUGAAGGACGAGGACCUACUCAUAAGUUAUGCUCUCAUUAUAACAGGAGGGUUUGAAACAACUAUGCACAUUCAGUACCAAAGGAAAAGACCUGCACAACCUUAGUUCCUGCAGUUUUUCAACCUUAGCUUAACUUUUUCAAAUCAGCCGUUUCGCAUCACUGUCGAUCGUUAAUUCACUCGGUGGGUUUUGGUUUAAUUAGAGUUUUCUGAUCAGGGUUUGUGUAUUAUAGUCUGGCCCGUGUUGGUUCCAGUGACAGCUUGAUUAUGUGCCUAUAAAAAUGAGCUAAUUGAGGCGGGACGGUGCGACAAAUGCACUGCAAUGAAUGAUUUCUGAAGACUUAAUUGAAGAGUAGCUGAAUGAGCUCAGUGACGUUCUGCAGUCGUUUCACUGCGAAUCCACAUCAGUUUUUUUCUGCCAAAUCAUUUCUACUCAUAUUUAUAUUGUAAAAAUAAAGAGACGGGCUUCAGAAAAUGA